AUGAAUAUUGAGGACUUUAAAGCAAUUAACAAACCACUGAAUGGGAUUGGAAUUGUUUUCGAGGGGAUGUACAUCGAGAGUAACCCAUUACAAAUUAUCGUGAACAACUUAGAUAAGCAAGACCAAAUCAAACAAAGGAUAUAUAACAAGACUGGCAUUCCCAUCUUUUAUAUGACACUUUUCAAAGAGUCGACUAAAAAGACUUUUGAUCCCAUUCAACCAAACGAAUUAAUGAAGCAAUUCGACCGCAAAAAUAUACUUCUUCGCCUCACCAAACCUGUUGAUGUUCCCAAUAUCAUUAACAUCAAAGUCAAAGAUCUUUUAAACAAGAUUCCCGUCUUUUUCUUAGAAGUGAAUGAUAUGACAAAAGUGUCUGAUUUAAAGAAGAUGAUUAUAACCAAGAACCCUACUAUCCGUCUCACUGAAAACUCUUAUUUAGCUUUAUAUUUAUGGGAUAAAGAAAAGACAAUAGAAAUGUUCGACAGACAAGUCCUCAAGAAUUACGCCUAUUUACACAUACAGACCGUCCACUUUUUUGUGAAAUCCUUCGACAAGGAGAGUCUCAUCGAGACGGGAAAUGGCACUAUCAAAAUUACUCUCAAGCGAACUAAUACUGAAAAGCAUGACAUCGAAUUACCUCAGUCAACGACAUUAGCGCAACUCAGAGACAAAACGGCCUCCUACUUUCCCGGGUGUACCAAAACCAACUUUAAAUUACUCUUUUCAGGUGAAGAAGUCAAUGCAAAUGAAACCUUAUUUACUCGAGGAAUAACCGAUGGCGCAGAGUUCAACGUAAUUAUGGUUGUUUAA